CAGAAUGAUGCUAUCUCUUGAUGUUGACGCGGUGGUGUCUUAAGAUCGUAAAUAGUUUUGUGAAUUCGGAUUCAGAAAUUGUAAAAUGGCAAGAAGAUAUACACAGUUGUGAGGCGUUGUAAAACUGGUAUUUAAUUCAUGAUGGCCAGCUGGAAGUGUUCGUUUUGUCUACUGGUUCUACAGAGGAUUCUAGAUCUCCUUUUGAUGAACGCCGCCAUCUUGUUCGUUGCCAAAGCACAGGUACCUCUGAAAAUUAGACCAUUUAAACUUCCCGAAACUGUGGAAGAAGGAAAGAAAGUUCAAAUAGUUUGUGGCUUGGAGGAAGGAGAUGGUAAUGUACGUUUUACGUGGUUCAAGAAUGGGGCGCCGAUUGUGUCAGACAUUCGCUGGACUGUUGUUACUCAUGCUACUUUCUCGGUGUUAGAAAUGGAUGGUGUGAAAGUGGUUCAUUCUGGAAAUUACACUUGUGUAGCAAGUAAUUCUGUGGGAAAAGACAGUCACACGGCGGUUUUGUCAGUUCAAGGGCCACCAACAUGGAAAGAUGAACCUAGUGAUGUGGAGGUUGCCGUUGGAGAAUCGGUUGUCAUUCGAUGCUCAGCAUACGGAUCUCCAGCGCCCUCUGUUGUGUGGACUAAAAACAGUGAGCGUUCCUCCGAUUCAACCAAGAAAGACCUCCAGAGGUCUGUGGAUAAAGAAGGAACAUUACGUUUAGAAGACGUACAAAGAAAUGAUGAAGGAUACUACACGUGUUCACUGAAGAAUGGGAUUGGGAAUCCGCUUCAAAAGACAGUAGAAAUUCGAAUAAAGGGUAACCAGUGCACUGUUUAGUUUGGACACUCGUGAAUAAUUCCCUUUACAGACAGAAAAACUUGUAAUAUCGUAUGUCAUCUUUAUUGUUGUUCUCGGUACAGAUUAUUUGUUGGAGUGAUAUUUCUAUUAAUUUAAUAAUUUUUUUGUGGUAUAUCUUGAGAGUACGUAAGUUAAAAUAAUUGUAUUUGUGUUCUGACUAAUAAAAUGUUUCUUGUUUAGAUUUGCCUUAUGGCAAAGAAAAA